GUACCGCGGUGCUGUUUUCGUCCCGUGCAGGUAGAUCGUGACGGGGAAUGCAUGGUGCUGAUGUGACGACGCAGACCUGGUCCGGGCAGAACGUGGCGUGAAGAAGACAUGAAAGAGGCGGGAGGCAGAGAGGAGGGGCUGGCGGUAGGACUCCUACUCCUACACCUGGUGCCAGCUGUCUUUAGCAACAAAUUCAUGUCCGUCACAGUACAUGGAAUGGUCGGAGACACGGUAACCUUUCCUGCCAGCUACGACAGUGACAAGGACAUCAUAGUUCUAACAUGGAACAAACUAGACCAGGACAUAGAAGGCCGGAGAGUCCCCGUGUACAUCUACACGCCGGUGAGUCGGACUUCCCUGGCGCUGGGGCCGUUAAAGGGUCGGGCGGAGCUGCACCAGAACGGAUCGCUCACCAUCAGGAAAAUAAACGAGGCUGACGAGGGGCAUUACGUCAUGACUGUUCUGAUCGAUACGAUUGGUCAGGAGGAACAGUACGUUUUCCUGGAUAUAGUAGUUCCGCCCAAAGUGGAUAUCGGACUUGUGGGUCCAGAACUCGUGCCGACCAAUAGCAGUCUGACACUGAACUGUUCCGUGGACAAAACUAAUUCCAAAGUGAAGGCUGUUUUCUGGAUGAAGGAUAAUGAACUGCUCUCCAGGGAUACGACUCGCGUGGACUACGAAGGCCCCAACUCGUACAAAUCUUCCAUCCUCUUGGAAAAGAUGACCAGGAAGGAUUCUGGGAACUAUUCGUGCGUAGCGGAACACAUCAGAAGUGUCGUCGUGGACAGCGUUCAAGUGGAGGUUACGUAUCCACCGGUGGUACUAAACAUCACAAGUCCACGUUUCACAACCGUGGGAGCAACUGUAACACUAUGGUGUAUCGUAGACGGAAACCCUACCCCCAAAGUCCUGUGGUAUAAGAGCGGCAACUCCCAGCCAAUCGGCCUCUCCAGUACCCUGGACCACAUCGUCUCGUACCUGACGUUACACGAUCUGCAGACAUCGGAUAGCGGGGAGUAUCUCUGCAGGGCAUUUAACGGGAAAUACCGUAAUGACUCCAGAGCUGUGGAGUUGACCGUACUUGGUGAAGGGACGGCGUCGUAUUCCAACGACACAACAUCCAGGAGAAGGUGGUUAGAGUUCUGGAGCAUCAUGGGAGGUGCCGUUGGCGGUACAGCCCUGCUGCUGACGUCACUACUGGUCGUUAUCGUCUGUUCCAAGAGCAAAGGCAGGAGAAAGCCUCGGACCAAACACUGCGGGAAGAGCAUCAAGGCCAGGUCGUACAGGCUGAAUGACGGCACCCUCAUGCUUCAGGGGAGCUGUCCCGGUACUUUAGCCAGAAAGCCAGAACGAAUCUUGGCGAAGACCGUGUCAAGUUACAAACCUCCGGGAGACGGCGGUCUGACGUUGGAAGUGGAUGACAUCGUGGAGGUGCUUCACAAGGGCACCGACGGGUGGUGGUACGGUUUCUCCCGGGGAACGGUGGGACUCUUCCCCGCCUCUUCUGUCCAGGUCAUCGGUGGCAUGGAAACGGUCCAAGUUUCAGGAUACCAUUCCCUCAGAAGAAGUCACAGUCACAAUGAUGCGGACUGCCACAGAAGCAAACAUGGUCAUUUCACAAUUGAAGACCACAUCGUUGAAACUACUUCAAUGGCCCCAGAGAAAAAUGGCUGCCCGGAUAUGAGGAUUAUGGAGUACUGAGUAACCAACGUAACGUUACAACUUUGUACAUGACAUCUCGCGAGAGAUGACGAGAGUUGGUGUGGAUCUGGAGACAAGCAAACUAAUGUACAGAAUGUCCUUUGGAUGACGUAGGCUGUUCAAAAUGUGGCAAUUUUGAAGAAAAUCUCGACAUGUUAAGCUCAAACAGUCCUUUUGGUAUGAAUGUGUAAGUUUUUGUGUUAAGACUUUUACAGGAUCUCUUUUUCCAUGAAAAAGUGUGUAACUAGCUUUUUACAGCGUUCGCAACAACAGUUCUUGGCUAUAAGGGAAACGCACCUGUUUCAAUGACAUACAUGUAUGGGACAAUGUUGAGUAUACUAGUAUGAAAGUUCUGAGUUGGUAAAUUACAUCGUGAAAAUUAAACCGUUCUCCAACUCAAAGAAACUUGACUCGCCAGAAUUUUCGAUGUCUGAUCCAAGUGCAAUAGACACGUGAUUUACUGCACGUGUGACGUCAGCACUGGGUCAAAGUUCACUGAAGUCGAUAUCGCCCUCAGUCCCGGUUGACCGAGAAUCAAAUUUCUUUGAGUUGGAGAACAGUUUUAUUUUCACAAUGUUGAGUAUACGUUGUCAGGAUAUGUGAAAUCGUUGUGCUGAAUGUUGAAUUGCCAAGAACCGCAACGCAAGUUACAGUAUGUACAUACUUCCUUCUUGUAUCAUCCUAAUGCCUGGCAUUUUCAUGUGAAUAAAACAUUCAGAUUGUAAGGA